AUGCUCCUACGACAGCUCCACCGACCAUCUUCACGAUCGGUAGCCGCAGCAGCAUGGCGAUUAUCCCAUACGGCGUUGCUGCACGGUAGCACCACCAAUCGACCAAUACACCCCUCCCCCUCCUCAACAUCCUCCCAGACCAACAGCAGCAACCAAGAUGACGCACCACAACCCAGACGCCCCUCCCUCUUCGAGCAACUCUUCCCCGACGAAGCCAAAGCCCUCGGCAAAAAUGCCACUCCCAAAUCCUCCUGGGCCUCGCAUCUACUAGACGACCCUCCGCAGCCCUCCCCCGACACCGAGCUUAACGACAACGAAAACGAUAGCAAUAGGAAAUCUGGCGACGUGCCCCUGCGCGCAAAAAGCAUGCUCAUCCUCUCCGCCGCUAGCAAGCACCUCGCCGAGAGCGACUUCCUACGCCUCGGGCCGCAAGGCGCCCACGUCGAGGGCUGGGUCGGCGGCAUCUCGCGCGUCAUCCAGGCCCGGGACCCGGACACCCUGCAGCCGCUCGGGCAUUACUUCGUGCUGUUCGACCGGGAGGCAGCAGCAGCCGCGUACUGCGACGAAGUGGAGCGGCUGUGGCAGUUGGGCAAGGCGUACGUGCCGGGGGCGCAUCACAGGAAGGGGUCUUCCCGGUCGGUGCCUCCGCCCCCAGGCCUGCCGUCCGCAGAUGGCAGCAGCCGCGACGUAGCGGCCGACCUGCGGGCGUUUACCCUGGUGCCGCCGAGCCAGCGGUACUACCUCGACGUGUCGAGCGGGUUCAGCCGCGUGCGGAUCGAGGAGCUGGAUAUAGGCGGCGUCGCGUUUGUCGACCGGCUGGCCGACCGCGCCGGGUCCAAGCACCUGGUUCUUGUUUCCGUGGACGGGGGCCGCAUAUCGCUUGAUUGGCUGCGGCAGGCCAUCGAGGAGGACGGCAAGGAUCGGAAUCUGCCGUGGCGGGUGACCGAUCUCGAGAACGGUAUCCUGCCUUUCGGGAAAAGCAUCCUCAAGCAAGAGGAUAAAGACGCUAAUGACUUCGAGCAAGUUCUUCGGGACCAGGCUGCACGGGUGACGGGGGGUGAGGAUAGAGUUGAAGGUGAAGAGAACGUGAAAGGGGAAGGGGUUGAGGCUAAGGAAUCGACUAUGGCAGACGAUAGGGGGUAUCGUCGGUAUCCCCGCUUCAUCAUUCCGUUCGUGGAUAAUGCCGAGGCGCACCGCUUCGUGAGGUAUUGGCACCGGCGGCAGUUCAAGAUACGUAUGGAUAUUGAGGGGGAUAAACCAGUAACAUGGGACGAGACUAGGAUACUCAAUACCUCAGUACUAUGGUGA